CCCCCUCUCUUCCUCGGCGCUACCUACGGAGGUAGCAGCCAUCUCCUAGUCGGUAAGUUUUAAUCUUUGGCCAUCCACGUCCCUGCAGUCUCCAUCUGGCUCCAUCGCUCCCUGCUGAGGAGGCCUGUCCUUCCGAGUGGUCGUCUCGGCAUCAUGGCCGCCCUCAGACCCCUCGUGAAGCCCAAGAUCGUCAAAAAGAGGACCAAGAAGUUCAUCCGGCACCAGUCAGACCGAUAUGUCAAAAUUAAGCGGAACUGGCGGAAACCCAGAGGCAUUGACAACAGAGUGCGCAGGAGGUUCAAGGGCCAGAUCCUGAUGCCCAGCAUCGGCUACGGGAGCAACAAGAAAACAAAGCACAUGCUGCCCAGCGGCUUCCGCAAGUUCCUGGUCCACAACGUCAAGGAGCUUGAAGUGCUACUGAUGUGCAACAAAUCUUACUGUGCUGAGAUUGCUCACAACGUCUCCUCCAAGAACCGCAAAGCCAUCGUGGAGAGAGCAGCCCAGCUGGCCAUCAGAGUCACCAACCCCAGCGCCCGGCUGCGCAGCGAAGAGAACGAGUAGCCGGCCCGUGCACAUUGUAUUUGUGUUAAUAAAACCAUGAAACUCGGCCA